UCUAGAGAGAAGAAGGAACUAGACGUAGAAGCAGUUUGGCUCCGACGUUCCCACCGUAACCGUGCAGAAGCCAGAAAUUCAGGGCAAAACAAGAGCUCGGAUCCUUGCAGAGAGGUGAUGGAGAUCCCUUAAAGACCCUGAUUUUAUGUAAUUUGUUUUGAUUUUGUAAGCCCUAGAUUUGAGGUCUCUCUUACGUGCAAAACACGCAAGGAAAGCUCACUUCAUCGUUUUCUCCGUUCAAAUCCAUUGGCAUUUCUGUGUUCUUUCUAGAAAACUGUAAUUUAGAGUUGGGUUUCUUUUAGUUGUGUCUUAUAGUUUCAUCUUUAUUUGGAUGGUUUCUUGUGAUGAAAUGGUGAAACGGGUUGAAGUUCAGAUUUUUUAGGGUUGUUCUGGUAACGUGAUUGUGAAUGUCUCGUACAACUUCUAGGUUUUGAACGAUUUCGAUGAGAAAAUUGGUGCAAAUGGGUUUAGUAUAUUGGAUGAUGUAGUGAGAUUGCCUUGCGCUGGAACUGGUUAUUGGGUUCUAAGAACUCCGAUUCAAGCAUCACUAUUAAUUGGGCUUGCUGAAGUGGGUCUUACUCAAGUAGGUUGAGGCUUGAGUAACAAAAAUAGGUCCUCCCGAGAUGGGGAGACCGCUAUUCUAUGAGAUCCUGCAAAAGCCUGCAACAAGUUGUAUAAUAGGGAUAUGCAGUGCAAUUUGGUUUUACAUACAGAAGAAAGGCAUUGGGUAUGCACAUGUGGGUUUGAGUCAUGAAACGGCUAUUGAAGGCCACUAUUGGAGAAUAAUAACUUCUGCAUUCUCCCACAUAAGUGUGCUUCAUUUGGUUUUCAAUAUGAGCGCCCUUUGGAGUCUUGGAGUGGUGGAGCAGCUAGGGCACAUGGGUCUGGGUGUUAAAUUCUAUCUCCAUUAUACUCUUAUUCUGGUAGUCUUAUCAGGGGUGCUGGUUCUAGGAAUUUACCAUAUUUUGAUCCAGAAAUUUAAGCUAGACUAUUUUCGAAGAGUGACAGCUGUUGGCUACUCAUGUGUUGUGUUUGGUUGGAUGACAAUCCUUGCAGUGAAGCAACCAUCCUCUAAGCUGGACCUGUUUGGAUUCCUUUCACUUCCUAUCAGCUUUGCACCUUUUGAGUCUCUUAUCAUUACUUCAAUAAUUGUUCCACAGGCAAGCUUUCUUGGACAUCUAUCAGGAAUUAUUGUUGGGUACUCUAUUGCUUGGGGUUUGAUCCAUGGGAUGAACAAUUACUGGGCUAUUUCUAUGGUCGGAUGGAUCAUACUUGUAUUUGUCUUCAGUUUGAAGCGCUCUGGUGCCUUUGACUUUGCCUUUAUUGAGAUAGAACCUGUUACAGAUCCUUCAUUGCCUUCUGUUGGUUUUCUUGCAUCCAGAAAUGGUAGAACAUUACAGAGGAACACACUUUCAUUGGGAGGUUCUGAACUUGUCUAGCUUCUGAUAUAGUCCCUGUUCCACCCGUUUUGGAGGAGGGGUUGACUCUAUACAGAAUUAUACCAUAUCAACACUGUAUCAGUACCUAUUUUGUCAAGGUAGUAUCUGGGUCUUGCAAUUGCAAUGCGUUAUAAGGUUCUGGUUGAAGGCGUUGAAGUCUUUUAAAUAUGCGGAGCUCCUAUGGUGUGAAACAGGUGUUCUAGUACAGUUGCUUUUGGUUGGUACUGCAAGGAGGUUCAUGAUCCCUCUACAAGUAUUCUUGUAUGGGUGAAUCUUCUAUUGUGAUAUACUGAUAUGGGUAUGUUGUUGCAGUUUUUUGACUAAUUUGACAUGCAAAUCACUGUCAAAUAUGAUAUUCAAACUUACAGAUCAUUGAACUUCUGUAAUAUUCCAUAUAAUUUUUUGCAGAUGUAUUCUUUUGGAUUUUUGAAAUAUAUGACUUUGAUUGCUUUAGAUUCUA